AUGGAAACCAACUUCUCCUUCCCUCUGAAUGGAUCUGAUGAGAUGUUCUAUGAUCCUCCUGGCUACACCGUUGUGCUGAUCAUCUCACUGGUGAUACUCGGGAUCACCUUUGUCCUCGGCAUCCUGGGCAAUGGGCUUGUGAUCUGGGUGGCUGGAUUCCGAAUGGCACGCACAGUCACUACACUCUGUUACCUGAAUCUGGCCAUAGCCGACUUCUCUUUCACUGCUACUGUCCCGUUCCUCUUUGUCUCAAUGGUCAUGAGAGAGCAAUGGCCUUUUGGCUGGUUCCUAUGCAAGCUAGUUAACAUCGUGGCGGACAUCAACCUGUUUGGAAGUGUCUUCCUAAUUGCUUUCAUUGCCCUAGACCGCUGUAUUUGUGUCCUGCAUCCAAUCUGGGCCCAGAACCACCGCACUGUAGGUCUGGCUACAAAAGUGAUCAUUGCACCCUGGAUUCUUGCUCUAGUCCUUACUUUGCAAGUUUUAAUCUUUGUGACCACAAAAAAGGAUCCGACAGGGAAUACAUACUGUACUUUCAACUUUGGAUCCUGGGGUAGCACCACUGAUGAGAAGAUCAAGGUGGCCAUCACUGUGUUGACGGCCAGAGGGAUCAUCCGGUUUAUCAUUGGCUUCAGUAUGCCAAUGUCUAUCGUUGCUAUCUGCUAUGGGCUCAUUGCUGCCAGGAUGCACAAAAAAAACAUGAUUAAAUCCAGUCGUACCUUACGGGUCCUCACUGCUGUUGUGGCUUCCUUCUUUCUCUGUUGGUUCCCCUUUCAACUGAUGGCCCUUCUGGACACAAUCUGGAUCAAGGAGAUACAUUUUGAAGGGAAGUACGAAAUCGUUACUGUCCUGCUUAUCCCAACAAGCUCACUGGCCUUCUUCAACAGCUGCCUCAACCCAAUACUCUAUGUCUUCGUGGGUCAAGACUUCCGAAAGAGACUGAUCCACUCCCUGCCUGCAAGUCUGGAGAGGGCCCUGAGCGAGGACUCAGCCCAGACUAGUGACACAACAACCAAAUCUGCUUCACUUUCUGCAGAGGUCGAGUUAGAGGCAAUGUGA